UUCUACUCGAAUCGAAAUUUUCUCCGAUUGGCAACUUUGGUAUUCUGCGUUUCGAUUCAACUUCGAAAAUUCCAAUUCUAUGUAUUCUGCAUUGCGAUCGUAAUUACGUUUUUGUACGUUGAAGUUUUGUUGGCGGAAAGCCGUAAUACAUUCAUUUUCGUGCAUUUGGAUAAAAUAAUUUCCUCAAAUAUGUCAAAAGUAACAAUGGCAGAGCAAUACGAAAAAUUGUGUGAUAUGAUGGCCACGAAAAGAGAUAUUGCGCAGGGCUUCCAAAAGCGACCGAAGGAAGAAGUACAGGAGUUUUGGGAGGAGGUUGCAAGGAAUUUAAAUGCAUUUGGCCCACCAACAAAAGAUUCCAAUACAUGGAGAAAGGUCUGGAUUGACUGGAAAUGCUACAUGAAGCGAAAAUUAUCGCAUAACAAAAAAGAAAGGAUGAGCACCGGUGGAGGUCCUUGCCGUUUACAACGCAUAAGCCCACUUGAUGAAAAGGUGAUAGCUUUGACGGGUUUGGAAACGGAUGAUAUCCCUUCAACCAGUAGAGCUAGCAGCCAAAAUAGAGAGGCGAGAGCAGACAAGCAGAGCACUUCUUCAUUACUUAAGCAACAGAUACAAAUCAAAAAGAAUUUUAUGCAGAGACGAAAAAAUUCAAUGAAGCUGCCUUUGGUAAAAUGGAAGAAGUUACUUCAUAUUUACGACACAUGAAUCGUUCUCUCGAAACUUUGGCGGAGACUGCAGUGAAGCAACCUGAAGAACAGAAGCGACACAAUAGAAUUAAGGAAGAGCUGGUGAAGGAAAAAGUAGAAAUAAAAAUGCAAAUGCUAAGAUUAGGUCCAAAUUAUAAGCCGGAUUCAAAGUAGUCAUUUUUUAAUUGU